GCAUCAUAGGUCCCGGGUCUAGAGUAGGCCUAGUGUUUGAGGUUUGGGUUCAGAGUUCAGGGUUUGGGGUCAAGGAUAUGUGGGUCAGGGUCCAGAGUUUGAGGUUUUGCCUCUUCAAGUGGUCCAGCCUCUCAAUUUGUACAGAAUGACACAUAUUUUGAAGACAUAAAUGUGUAAUAUUUUCAGUAUAAAUAUCCACAAAUGCACAAGAAACUUUUUGUUAACUUUUAAAAUAUUUUUUUUUCUAUUGUAGGAGAGAAGAAGCAGAUGACCAAAUACAAGUAGUGUAGCUAUGUUAUGACUAGUCAGUAGAAAAGUAUGCCUGGAAGAAGGGAACAAGAACAGAGAGCCCUUAAGAGAGCAUCAAAAUCAUGCGUGUCUCUGUCUACAUGCUUCAAGAACAUGGAGGCUAAAAGGCACAGACCUGGUGGUAUAUCUGCACUGACUCCAGAUGCAGAAGGCCAUGCUGAGGAGUCAGUGUUAGAGACAGAGUUGAAUACUGCUUCGCAACAUGAAUCAGAAGCAGAGGCCUCUCCAGAUGACCCAGCUAAAAACCAAGGGUUUGAGACAAUAAUCGAGGCUUCACAUGCAGACACCUCGGAAGAGGAGUCAUUGUUAGGGACACAACAAGAUUCCUUUUCUCAAGAAUCAGAAGCAGAGACUUCCACAUAUACUGCAACAUCAGAGAUUCCAACAGGUGAGCACCAGGUUGUCGUCACAGAAUCAGACUUAUCAGAUUCAGGGAUGUUGAUACAAACAUCAUGCUCUGACAAAACAGACACAGAUGAUAAUAUUCGUGCACCACAUUCACUGGAUCCAGCACUUAUAGUAAAUGCAACUUUAUCAGAUCAGGGUAGGAUACAAUUUCUUCAAUGUGGAUGGACUGCCCCUUCUGACUUUGUCUUUGUACAAAAAGGAGGCAGGAGAUACAAACCUGAGUGGGAAAAGCGGUACAACUGGUUGAGAUAUUCUGCACAUGAAAACAAGAUAUACUGUGGUCCAUGCCUGAUAUUCGACAAUACAAGGUCUGACAAGUUCAGUACAGCUGGAUUUGAUGAUUGGAAAAAUGCAAUAGGAAUCAAGCGCAGUAGUUUUACCAUUCAUGAUCAAAGUAAGACACAUAUAUCUUGCAUGAAUAAAGCAGUUUCUCUUCUAGAAAUAAGUCAAGGAGUAACAUCAAGCAUCAAACAACACAUAAGUCAGGCCUAUGCAGAUGAAGUCAAACGGAACAGAGAAAUAAUGGCUUCAAUUGUAGAUGUCAUACUGCAGCUGGGUAGCCGAGGAAUUGCAUUGCGUGGAUCAUGGAUAAAGUGUCAGGAUGGGGAGAAAAGACCAUUAACUGGAAGUGAGAACGGAUAUGAAGAUGGCAAUUUUAAUUCAUUUGUUGAAUGGAAGAGUCAUUUUGAUGAAGUACUCAUGAACCACUUGCAGCACCAUGAUGGCAAUGCCAAAUAUCUGUCACCAGAGGUACAGAAUCAGCUGAUUUUUCACAUAGGAGAUGAGAUUCGAGAUAAGAUUAUAGCAGAAGCCAAUCAAGCUGAUUUAUUUAGCAUCAUGGCAGACGAAUCAGCAGAUGCUGCAAAUCAGGAGCAAAUGUCCCUUUCUGUACGUUAUGUUGCGAUUGAAGAUGGGAAACCAGUGGUCCUGGAAGAACACCUUGGUUUUGUAGAGGUUAAUCGGACUGAUGCUGAAACUCUGACAAAUUGUAUGGUGGACAGUUUGGAAAAAUGGGGUCUAGAUCUUGGUAAAUGGAGGGGUAAAGGAUUUGAUGGUGCUAAUAAUAUGUCAGGAGCCAAAACUGGAGUGCAGGAACGUAUAACAAACCGCUUUCCCAAGGCUAAGUAUUUUACACACUGUUCAAAUCACAGACUGAACCUUGUUGUUGUAGCUACAUGUAAAAAUGUUCCCAGUAUCAGAAACUUCAUGGAUACUUUCCAACAGAUUAGCUUGUUUCUCAAUGCAAGCUCCAAGCGGAAAGCAAUCAUGAAAAGGGU